CCAAUAAACACAACAAUUAGCAUGUGCUCAGGGAUACAUUUCGAAAGGAAAUUUCGUUUUGUUCCGUAGGAUAUUUUGGUCCGGCCGGAACCUUUUAUGUCGCGUUUCCAAAUGUGCUGUGUAGGCUGUUUGUUGUUUUACUGUUUUUCCCCCUUAACUUGAUACAUUUGGUGAUUAAGAAGUUGCGCUGCUUGUUCCUGAUUGCUCUGGAGGUAUUUAUAAGUGCGUAAUAACUUUAACUUUAACUGUAAGGCCGGUGGUAAUGUUUUCGUGACGGACCUCAAACACAUAAUUUCACUUCCGGUCGAUGUUUUCAAUGUGACGGAUGGCUUCAGUCGCUCAGGAAAUGACUCUCAUCGGUUUGUCUGAUGGAGAGCUGGACACCAAAAGAUAUCAGUCCUCGUACCUGACGAACAAAGUUGGGGGUCAGCCGGACUGGCUGCCGGGCAUCUCCCCGCUGCCUCCACGAUGUAGUCGCUGCAGCGCCCCGCUGGCCCACGUGGUCCAGGUGUACUGCCCCCUGGAGGCGUCCCCUUACCACAGAAACCUCCACCUGUUUGCGUGCCUGGCUGCAGAGUGUAGCGGCAGGUCGGAGUGCUGGACCGUGCUCCGCUCCCAGCGCCUGGAGACGGAGGUAGCGGCAGCGCAGACAUCCACCCGACACAUUCCGACUCAGGAUGCUCCUCUUUUGGCCACGGACUGGUGUGACACCGCUGAUGACUGGGGGGAAGACGGGGAUGGUGGAUGGGAAGGAGGUGUAAAGGAGGAAAUCCAGGUUCAGGAGGAGGUAGCAGCCCCUGAGGCAGAAGUCAGUGAGAUGGUUGUCAGCAGCCACCUUCAUGACCUCAGUCUGAUAGGAUCACAAGACAUUCCCAUCUUCCGUCCAUACUUCAUCAGCGUGGUAGAGGAGGCAGAUCUGUUUGGAGAGGAGGAGGACCUGGACCACGCACAGCAGCUGCUGAGAGAGUAUGAGAGGAGAGAGGGAGUGGCAGUGGGAGAGCUGGAGGGGAGCGGUGGUGGAGGAGAGGAGAAGUACGAGAAGACCAGAGCCAAACACGGAGAUGCGGUUUUCUCCAGGUUCAUGAAGAAAAUUUCACUGUGUCCACAGCAAAUCCUGCGCUACUGCCACAGCGGGAGACCGCUAUUCAUCUCCGAGCCGCCGUCCAACAUGGCUCAGCUGGUUUCUGCAUGCGGCUAUUGCGGAGGAUCCAGGACUUUUGAGCUGCAGCUGAUGCCUGCUCUUGUCAGCCUACUCCAGAGGAAGGAUUACGGCGAGAAGGUGGAGCUGGAGUUCGGGACUGUGCUGGUUUAUACCUGCACAAACAGCUGCUGGAAGUCUAGCUCAGACUCCGCUGUGGAGGAGUUCUGCUUUGUUCAAACAGACCCAGACCAACAGCUCUUUAAAUGACUGAAUAUGUCUGAUUCUCACUAUGAAAGGAGAUAUAUUGCGUUAUGUCAAAAUAUUGGCAUGUAUACCAUACACUGUUGUGGUUUCAGAAGUCUGUUAUACCUGUCACAAUGUUGGCCUAUGCAGAAAAAGCCUGUGUUGCUUUGUUCAAAACGAAGAAAUAGUUUUGCCUUUAUAUAGAAGAGUAACACUGUUGCCCAAGACAGACAUCAUUCAGGUCAUUGCAGUGCUGCAUAUGUUUUCUCUGAUUUAACACAGCUCCUUUGGUUUGUUUUUGCUGCUAAGUAAUACACCAGACCCAGCUUUUAACCAUCAUUUAAACUGCCUUUGGUGUAUUUCUUUAUAAAAGACAGGGGACUAGUUGAGAUGUUUCAGUUGGCAUCUUUACUCCAAAAGCAGUGCUGAAUCCAAAUAGAAACCUAAGCUGAUUCAAAUCAGCCAUUAAAGAAGUCAUUCAGACACAGGACAAACACAUAUCCUCCUUUUUACUUCAGCCUUACAACACAGUUCAAAAACUCAGUGUUUUAAGCUUCACAGCACAACAUUUCAGAUUGAACAGCAUUAAUUUAGCGAAAGAUGUAAACUGUACGGAGAAAAACAAAACUAUAAAAAUGUAAAUGAUUAUCUGAAGGACUUCAGUUUUUACUGAAUCAGAUCCAGAAUAUCAAAAAUAGAUCUUUUAACUUACUGGCCAAUAAAUAAUGACAGAAUUUCCUUAUUCUCAAGGAACUUUAGCCACUGCAAUGGCAUUACUGAUUGUGUGAAAAUCCAAUUAUAGCCCUUCUGUCACAUUUUAGAGUUCCUCCUAUUCAGUCAUGAAAAGUUAAAAAAUCUUUGGUUUAUUUGUGAGAUACGAGUCAGUUACGUUCUAAAAUUCCUGAGACAGACGGGGAAACGGUAAUCUGACGUAUACCCUGAUAAAACGUGCCCACAGAGGGAGCUGAUUUGAUUUUCAGGCACUUUAAGGUCAAAUUGUAGCACUUUGUGCAGCCCUAACCAUCUGGUGACUUUGUUGCAAACAGUAGUAGAAACACUGCAGUCAUCUCACGAGGAAGCAUCAGAACUACUGGGGAGCUCCACAAAACGGCAAGGCAGUGUCACUGGACUUGUGCUCCCAGUCGUAUAGGUGGUACUGGUCGGGCUGGUCGCUGCUGCCCACACUGCUGAUGUCUCUGUCGAUAAUCUCAUUCACUGCAACAACCAAAAAAGAAACAAGUCACAUUUUCACAAAGCUUAAACAUGCUUGGUUUUCUGAUUGGUAGUAAAGUUGGAACAUUUCUUAAUUGCAAGAAUUUUUUAUUUAUUUAUUUUUUUUUGAGGUUCGCAACAUAUCCCACAGUCUUCCUCAGGUCUCAACCUGUGGCAUGUUGAUAGUUUAAUAUAGAACACAUAUAGUAGGUAAUUAAUCUCUCCAUCAGUUUGGGGUGGCCUGUGAAGGGUUUAUGCAGUGCCUUAAGAUACUGAUAAGCAGUGUUUCAAAGGUGGUUUGAGUGGUUAAGUGCCUCCUGCUGGAGGUUUUUAAAGCACUGCCCUAAAAAAAAAAAAAAAAAAAAAAAAUUCUCUGGAUUACCUGCAGAGAAACCACUGUCAUAUUCAUAUGGAGAUAGCUGGGACGGGGAUGCCAGUUUUUGUAUUCAUGAAAGUCUUUCCUGAUGAAAGACUGUUGGUCUGACUUAAAAUGUUUUCUCGUUCUGGUAGAAUGAACAGAUGUUUAUUUUUUUUACUGAUAAAAGGGCUAAAUGGAGGCUUGGAAAAAUACACACAGUUAAGUAAGCAAUCUUUCACUGCAGUGUUUAACCACACAACUGGAAUAAACAUAACUACUGGAACAAA